AUGUGUGAAACUCGCUGGAUUGAACGUCACGAAAGUAUAACUCGAUUCAAAGAGUUGUAUUUGAGCAUUUACCAUGGAGAAGGAGUAACUCAGAUGAGUUUUAAAAAUAUUUUUUCUGAUUACGAAAAAGCCAUGCUUGAAGGUGAUAUUAAGUCUAUUAUAUUGUCGAAAACAGCAGGUCGGCAAACUUGUCGAGAUAACACGCCAGCCGAUUCACCAGAACAAUACUAUAAACGUACUAUUUUUUUGCCAUUAUUGGAUCAUUUUAUUCUUCAGCUAGAAGACAGGUUUUCCAAACAUCAUCGCGUAAUGUCCACUUUACAAUCAUUAAUUCCUAAGUACAUGACUCAAAAUACUACAUAUUUAAACAAACUUAAGGAAUGUGCACUGUUUUAUAAACCAUUAAUACCUAAUUUUGAUACGUUUGAUACUGAGAUUAAAAUCUGGCAAACACAGUGGCAAAAUGUAUCUGAUGAUGAUCUCCCAAAAUGUUCAUUAACUACCUUAAGUCAAAUUAACAGUGAUUUCUAUCCGAAUAUAAAGUGCCUUUUAACAAUAUUAGCUACUUUGCCUAUUUGCAAACUACCUCGAAAAUUAGAUUUUAUAUUAUAA